GAGAGAGAGAGAAGGGGGGCGGGGAGAGAGAGGCGACGAGGGUCAGUAACAGACCAUUCCAGGCAUUAUCUGUCCAGGUGACGAUCAAGGAGGUGGUGGUGAGCUGCUCAUCACCAACUUUCAUAUAUCACAAGUGCUUUCCGUCCUCACGCACUUAAGAAAUCACCACCACUACUACUACUACUUAACUCCUUUACUACUAACCCACUACCAAGAUACAGCGUCUACUUUUCCCUGUACUAUCAACACUUAUAAUCACUACUAUUACUGCUGGCCUUCGUCAGUGCUUUAAUCCACUACCACCAUCACUUCUGCCUCUACUGCCACUACUACCACUAUCCAGAAAGAUGGGAGGGUCAGCGGUGGCGGCCGCGUUGGUCUUAGCGGCAGCAGCAGCCAUGGUGACAGCAGCCAAACCAGGACCAAAGAAUCCUCGUUACCCGGAUUACAUUGUGUAUCCGAGGGUGAACUGCACUUCUGAGGGCGUCUUCCCGCACCCCAGGAACUGCUCUUGGUAUUACAGGUGUGUGGACCCCAUGAGCGUCGGGUACUACCGCACUUACUACUUCGAGUGUGAACCAGGUACGCAGUUUGACGACGAUCUGGACCAGUGCGUCUUCUCCUCCAAUAAGCGUCCACCCUGCAGCUAUGACAAUGGUAAUAAUGGAAAUGAGAGCGAAGUCAUCGUGAGUUGCCGCACCCAAGGGUGUCACAAAUACGCCCCGUGCAGCAACCCCAGGAAUCUGUGCAAAGGCUGCUACAACUACGAGUAUUUCCCAGGCCCCACCCAUAACUUCUGCCGCCGUACUGGAGAAGUGUUCGAUAAAGGAAGCAUGAAGUGUGUCCCCCGACCCCCAGACCACGAGCGCUGCCCUGAACUCAUAUCUGUGGUCCCUGCCUUGCCGUCUCUGAUAGAACAUUACCCCGACGGCGGACCUUACCCCAGUACAAGCUCCAGGCCCGCCACCACCGUCACCACCACCCCAAGCGUGGUCGACGUGCCAGUCUUCAGCAUAUUCUGCACGGAGGAGAAGAGGAACCACACUGAGCCGCGGCUCUUGCAAGACCAGUGUCCGAUGUACUGCUUCAGCUUCAACGACCUUCACGGGCGGGCUAGGAUGUGCAAAGCGUACUACCACUGCAAGCGAGCUUCCUUCGGCGGCUGGGAGUUGGAGCUGAGGACCUGCCCCGAAAACACAGUCUUCAUUGAGGCGCUAGGGGAGUGUGCUCUCCUCCCGAAAGAUGUGGGAUUCUGCUAAUGUCAUCUGCACGUCCCAUCAAGAGAGUCGACAGGUGAAAGUUAUUAGUGUUUCUCUCUCUCUCUCUCUCUCUCUCUCUCUCUCUCUCUCUCUCUCUCUCUCUCUCUCUCUCUCUCUCUCUCUCUCUCUCUCUCUCUCUCUCUCUCUCUCUCUC